AUGUCUUUGUUUGAGGUCCCAGGAUGGAGUGUCCCCGCCGCCCCAGUAUCUACCGCGAAGUCCAACCGGAAGCGCAAACGGCCUGGGUCGCAAGCCCCGACGGACAAAUUGGAAGCGGCUGCGAGCAACGUCGAGGAGCUCAUGAGAAAAUUAGACGAGGGUGGUGAGGGUGCGAAAGACAGGAAGGGGAAGAAACGCAAGACGAGCGGUGCAGGCGUGAAGAAGCAGAGGGCGCCGUCGAGCCAGAGUGCUCCAGAUACGAGCGAUACCCGCGUGUCUCGCAGCCCUGAACGCAAGCAUGAACCCCCCAAACGCAAGGACAAGGGCCCGAGUCAAGCCGCGGUGACCAAAGAUUCCAAUCCAGCCGCGGGUUCCACCCCCUCGAAGUCGAAAACAUCACGCACGGCACCUGGUCUGACUGACCUCCAGGCCAAGAUGAAACAAAGCCUCGACGGCGCGCGAUUCAGGCAAACGCUGUACAAGUCGGACAGCGGACACGCGUAUCAGAUGAUGCGCGAGGAUCCAGAGGUGUUCGAAGAGUAUCACAAGGGCUUCCGCCACCAAGUGCAGUCGUGGCCGGCGAAUCCCGUCUCGCACUACAUCCAAUCUCUGUCUGCGUAUCCGCCGAAAACCGUCAUCGCGGACCUCGGCUGCGGGGACGCGGCGCUCGCGAAGGCGCUCGUCCCGAAGGGGCUGACGGUGUUGUCGUUCGAUCUGGUGUCGGACGGCAAGUACGUAGUCGAGGCGGACAUUUGCGCAACGGUGCCUUUGCCGGGGUCGGAGGCGGCAGAGGGAGAGGGACAGGUCGUGGACGUGGUGGUGUGUGCGCUCAGUUUGAUGGGCACGAAUUGGCCGGGGUGUAUCCGGGAAGCGUGGAGAGUGCUCAAGGCGGACGGUGAACUGAAGAUCGCAGAAGUGGCGAGUCGCUUCACGGACGUGGAGGCUUUUGUGUCUCUCAUUUCAUCCGUUGGGUUCAAGCUCAAGUCCAAGGACGACCGGAAUACGCAUUUCACUCUGUUCGAAUUUCGCAAGAUUGCGAGGAAAAGCGCGAUGUCGGAGAAGGAGUGGAGUAAGAUCAUGUCUCGAGGUAGCCUCCUCAAGCCUUGCGAAUAUAAACGCCGUUGAUAGUGAAUGUCCUGUG